AUGCUGAAUAAAAACAAGGAAAGACAAAACACUGGUUAUUGAUUUAGUAAUUGUUAAUUAUGAACACGUGAAAUAAUACUUCAUUUCAAUGGGUGUGACAAUGGAGAAAAAUCUAUUUUUUUUUCAAUUGGAAUGUGUGGAACUCUCUGCAUAUACCAUUUGCAUUGUUUUCAGUGUUUUUGACGGUUUCCUGAUAUUUUGUACGUGUCACAACUUGAAAAAUUCAGUCUGGAUACGCUACCUUUCUAGUGGAUUUCUUAGAUUGAGAAUAUAUAUUUUAUGUGGUUUGAAGGAGGGACGUUUUUAUUCAACAGGAAGAAAGGUUCGACAAACGGCACAUAAAAAAUUAAGUUGAUCAGCAGGACUCUGACGUGCUCUAUGAUGAUUAAUGGAUUGAAGUUAUCUUAACAUUUACCAUCUUCGAGUAUAGCUAACAUGAUCGGGUCUCGAUUAUAGAUGGUUAAAGAAGUUGCAUUUAGUUGUCAAUCGUGUGAUCCGCAGAGGUCGUGAUCCUAUUUUCAUGAGGUGACAUGUUGUUAUCGCAUUGAACUGCGUAUCGAUAUAUUUAUGAACAUCUUGUUACAAAGACAACCAAGUCGUGAGCUUUUGAAAUCUUGGCUGGAAUCUGACAGACGAAAAAGACAGAGUGUUCGUAAAGGUUGAACAAUUUCAAGCGAAAUCGUCAGUAUGAAGUGAAUCGAAGCGUUUGCCAUUGCUUCAUGAAAAUAAGCCCCAGAUAAGCUUCAACUCUUUAACCCGUUACCUAUUGGAACCUAAUGGUCCCUAACAAAGCGCAUGUGAAUAAUAUAAUAUAUCAGUGGUCAAUGGUUUAAGAUGGCUGAAGCUUCAGAGAAAGAGAAGGAUGGCAUGAACUGCGCCGUGUGCAUGGACAAACUCACCAAUGCCAAAUAUCUUAAGUGCUUUCAUUCAUUUUGUACUCGUUGCCUGGAACAUUGCGUCCGUAACCUGAAGGUCUCUUGUCCACUCUGCCGUGAGGUCACCAGCGUACCUAGGGGGAUAGAUUCCUUAUUGCCUAACCUGAAGGCGACCAGGAGAGUCAGCGAGGCGAAGGUUCGGAAGAGGAUCGAGACCAAGAUUCAAGAUAGCGGUUGCCAGUGUGGCUCCUGCAAAGAACUCGGCGCCAUCUGCUUAGCCAAGUCCUACUGCGUCGACUGUGAGCUACUCAUCUGUGACGCUUGUGUUAGUGCUCACGAGCUUCUUAAGAUGACAAGGAGUCAUCGGAUUAUAAGGGUUCUAGAUUUCCAGAACGGCGCAACCGUCGAUGAGGGAGAACCUGUCUGUGAGGUCGGGAUAUUAGAGAUAAAAUGCGAGAAGCACAGUUCACCCCUCACCAAGUUCUGUCGCUCUUGCAACCGAGCGGUCUGUCCUGAGUGUGCCGUAGAAGAACACCCCAGUAAACACAACGAACACGAGUGUGUGAGCAUUGUCGAGGUCGAGGGCAAAUUGACAGGUGACCUGAAGCAGUUGCUAAGCAAAAUCGACACCAAUCACUUUGAUCGUGUGUCGAACUCCUACAAGCAACGUCUACAGAAGAGCGCAGACAAAGCUCAAGAACUGAAAGGAAAAAUUAACGAGUCGGCUCAAAAUGAGGUAGCCUCCCUUUACGCCAAGAUCGAGGCGAAGCGUGUCGAUCUCACGGCGCGUAUCCUCGACAUCGAGAAAGCAUCGAGUCGCAAGGUCGCAACUGUUCUAUCCGGGAUCCGACGAAUCCGCGGCAGGGCAGAGAAACUUGAAAGCUACGCUGAUGAACUCCUAAAGACGGGUAACACGGUUGACAUCCUCACUGUCAAGGACACCGUGACCGAGCACCUCAAAGACAUCAGGGCUGAGAUGCGGAAGCUGACGACGGACGAUUCGGAAAUCGACGCCCUGGACGGGUACACGUUCACCGCGACCGAUUGGAUGUCGGCGAACUAUGAACCGGGUGUCGGUCGGCUUGAGGCACCAACGCAGAGAGGGGAGAUGGAUUGUUCAGUGACAGGAGUGUUCAAGAGAAGGACAUCUACCAGGAUGAUAAGGUCUACCCAAAGAACUCAACCAACUUUACCACGCCUGAACAAUAAUCCUCGCUCACUAGUUAAUUAAUGUUGAAGCAGGAUUUAUCUUAUCAAGCUUGAUCGAAAUCAUUUAAUUAGUCUUUUAUCAAUUCUUUGUCAUUGAUUAACUUGUUUUGAGCUAAGUUUGAUCUAAUUACGCUUUAAACAUAAUUCAUCAUUGGUUCUCACAUUUUUCCAAUUUAUUUUCGGUCAUAAAUUAACUAAUUUUGAUUUAGAUCUAUGUAAAUAAGCUUGAUCAAAGUAUUUAUACUUAAUUAAGCUAUGAAGAGAAGUUCCAUUUCUAGAACAAGAGUGUUUAACAACGUUUCAAGUGAGCGAAUAAAUGGGUGUUCUGGGUCGCAGCUAAUUGCAAAGUAUUUAUGUUAUGUUUUAAUAAUUUUUCAAGUUUAACCAGACCGUCGACUACUAGUGCAAUUGAACACUGGAAUAAAAAUGCAUGGUUAUUCAAAUUCACCGUUCCCAAGUACAAUCCAAACGUGAAUACAUAUUUUGUAAUUACUAUUAUCACACCAUCUGUUUUUAUAUUUAUUGAAUAUCAAUAGAUACUGAAUAUGGAAUGAAGCCAGGUAUAUUGAUG